AUGAUACAACUGGGCCAGAAAAUCAUGUCAUCCAUGCUUGCCCCAUGGCAACGUAUCAACGCAUUGAAAACAUUCCUGUAUCCCGCCCUCAAUUUCCAUAUGAGAUGUGGCAACAUUGGGAAGACAGAAUGGGCCCGUCUGGACAAAGCCCUGCGCCCCAUGAUAAAACGCUCACUAUACCUGCCUUCAAGCGCAAGCGGCAACUAUCUACACGGGAGCCGACAAGCGGGUGCCUGCGGGAUCCCAAUUGCCGCUGAGGUCAGCGAUCUAUGUCGCAUAGACUCAGCUUUCAAGUUGCUGUCAUCCCGGGACAGCGAAGUCACACAACAUGCGGAAGCGGAGCUGCAGCGUACGAUCACAGAAAGAUUGGGCAGGCAGUGCACAAGAAGCGACAUGGGGGUGUACCUAGCCGGAGACACAGAGGGAGAAUAUCGUACAACAUCGAACCCCAUUCAGAAUGUCUGGACUGAAGCAAGGAAAGCGUCGCAUCGGCUAGGGAUGACAUGGGAGCUAAGGGAGAGUGGACAACCAUCAGUAACCAGAGGCACCAUCACUGUCACGACCCGGCACCGUUCUCGGUUGAUGGCAAUCUUCAGAAAACAACUCAAUCAAUCGAGAGAUUGCGACCUACAAGCCCUCCCAAACCAAGGGAAAGCAAUGGAGUGUGUUGCAGCAGACCGUGCAAGCUCGCACUUCAUCAGUAACGGCGACUACACCAGAUUCGCCAAUUGGCGAUUCAUCCAUCGAGCACGACUAAACCUCGUGCCUCUGAACGGAGCGAAGCCGUGGUCCACGAACGACAAACGAUGCCGCACCUGCGGUUUCCAGUCCGAGACCCUGCCCCACGUUCUCAACAACUGCAUGAGGAACUCAGCUGCGUACACACAACGCCAUAACGACAUCGUGUCCAGGAUAAAGAGCGCUGCUGAGAAAAAAUUCUCAGUGAAAUGGGAGAACCAGGCCGUUGGAAGCACCCACCUACGACCGGACCUCGUGUUGACUCAAGGAGAAACGGCUAUCAUUGUGGACGUCGCCAUCCCGUUCGAAAAUAGAACAGACAGUCUGCAAGCGAAGCGCCGGGAAAAAGAGCAGAAAUACGAGCCAGUAAAACAAUACCUACUACAGCGUUUCAACAGAGUCAGCAUCGAGGCCGUGAUUAUCGGCUCUCUCGGAUCUUGGGACCCCAACAACGACAGGCUUCUCAAACGGCUUUGCUCAAACAAUUACCUGAAAAAGCUCAAGAGACUUGCAGUGUCAGACGUAAUUCGACGGUCACGCGACAUCUACCACGGUCACGCCACAUUACCAAGGUUCACUGAGAAGCAGAUGUCUUGCAAUGUACUCAAUUCACGACUAUACAACUUGUAA